UGGGUCGGAAGCGCUGCGUGGGGGAGACUGUUCCAAGAUGGCGGCGGGUUGCUGCGGGGUGAAGAAGCAGAAACUGUCCAGUUCGCCCCCCUCUGGCUCGGGUGGCGGUGGUGGCGCCUCCUCCUCCUCCCACUGCAGCGGAGAGAGCCAGUGCCGAGCUGGGGAGCUGGGACUAGGAGGCGCCGGCACGCGGCUCAACGGGCUGGGAGGUCUAGCCGGAGGAGGUAGCGGCAGUGGCUGUACCCUCUCUCCCCCCCAGGGCUGCGGCGGCGGCGGCGGGGGGAUUUCCCUGUCGCCACCUCCGAGCUGCGGAGUGGGGACCCUACUUUCUACCCCGGCCGCCGCCACCGCUUCCUCGCCCUCCUUGUCCGCCGCCUCGUCCUCAUCGCCCGGCUCCCGGAAGAUGGUGGUGUCAGCGGAGAUGUGCUGCUUUUGCUUCGAUGUGCUCUACUGUCACCUGUACGGAUACCAGCAGCCCCGGACCCCCCGGUUCACCAACGAGCCCUACCCACUGUUUGUAACAUGGAAGAUCGGUCGAGACAAAAGAUUGCGUGGAUGCAUAGGUACUUUUUCUGCCAUGAAUUUGCAUUCAGGACUCAGGGAGUACACACUUACCAGUGCCCUUAAAGAUAGCCGUUUUCCCCCAAUGACAAGGGAUGAGUUACCACGGCUGUUCUGCUCAGUGUCUCUGCUCACUAACUUUGAAGAUGUCUGUGAUUAUUUGGACUGGGAGGUGGGUGUACAUGGCAUUAGAAUAGAAUUCAUCAAUGAAAAAGGAUCAAAACGCACCGCCACCUACCUACCGGAGGUUGCAAAGGAGCAAGGAUGGGACCAUAUUCAGACCAUAGACUCCUUGCUGAGGAAAGGAGGCUACAAAGCACCGAUUACUAAUGAAUUCAGGAAAACCAUAAAACUGACCAGGUACCGUAGUGAAAAGAUGACCCUGAGCUAUGCUGAAUACCUUGCUCACCGCCAGCAUCAUCAUUUCCAAAAUGGCAUUGGGCAUCCCCUUCCGCCAUACAACCAUUAUUCCUGACACUGAGCCGCACAACCAGUCACUGGGCCUCUCUGCAGACCUCUUCCCAGGAGACCCUACCCCUUCUUGGUCUAGCUAUCUCUUUUACUGUACCAUUUUAUGAUGAUAGUUUCCGUUGCCAUGAUGAAGCUUGGACAUUGUCUGUUAAGAUCAUCAUGGUAACGGGUAGGAAAAUGGCAUUUGUUAAGAAGAUUCUGUUUUAUUAUUUUAGGUCAUUGAUUUUUUUUUUUUUUUGCAGCAUAUAUAACUUCUGGGGUUUUCUUUCCUCGCAAUAUUGCGUAGGAUUUUGCUUUGCUCUCUCAAUCAGGUUUCUGUCUUUCUGUCCUUCUUGCCUUCCUCCCUGUCGUCUCUCCUUCCUCCCUUCUGUCUUCUCUUCCCUCCUUCUUUCAACUGUGGAUGGAAGAAAUUGUGCAGUUUUUAAGGAUUUUAUUUAGGUUUUUCUUUAGUUUUCUUCAGUGAGAUAGAUAAUUUUUGAUAGCUGAGUUUGGGAGCAAUUCAUAUCAAAUUCAGGUAUUUGUAUAGGACUCUGGAAUUUGCCUAAAAUUCAUUUUGCUAUGAGAGCUUAGUGUGUGGAUCUUCACUCCUUAGGUGUGUGUUUUUCCCAUGGUUGAAAUAUAUGAACUUUAGUUCUAGUAUAGAACAUUUGAAAGUCCAUGAUAGGGCUUGUCACAGAGAGUGAGAAACCAUUUAUGCCUAUUUUGCUGGUUAUCAUAGAAGAGAUGGCCUCAUCACUUUAUAAAAUCAACUUACAAACAAAACUACAACACUGUUUUAAGAAAGUGCAAGCUGCCUUUCAAAUAUGCUACAGAAAUCAUUUUGAAGAGCAACAAAUAUCAGGAAGAGAGCAGAUACAGAAUUUAGUGCCUUUGAGAAGAAUUUACUUAAAUGGAAAGGAGAGAAGUUGGGGUGGGGGGGAAGGCAAUUUAGAGAAAUAUUCUUAUAAAAUUUUAUUGUUUCUGUAUGUGAAACAGCAGAUGAGACAAAUUCCUUACUCUUAAGUAUUUUUUUAAGGUGGAAAAAAAUUUAUUUUGAGCAAUUAACCAAAAAGAGACAUGUGUCUAUGAUAUAUUAAUUUAAAUUCGUUAGCUUUAGGUUUCAAGAAGUCAUGAUUGGCCAGAGGCAAUUCUAGCUACUAUUUAAAGAAAAUAGUAAAGAGAAUCUAGUGAAACAAAAGUUCAUAUAUUGCCAUGAUUUCAGAUUAUGUUUGUCCUGGGGACAAUACUGGAGUCUUUCUGCACUACAUACUUCUGAUAGAAACACCUUGACUGUGUUGGUAAGAUGUUAUGUCACACCUAUAAAAAUGGCAUUUAGAGAUGAUAUAGUCGUCAGAGCCCAGCCCGUUGGCCAGGCUGGUCUUCUUCCCCUGGUGCAUACAAAGAGAACUUCCUACCAUCAGUAGGAAGUCCGUGUGGACAUCCCCAGGAAAAAUGACAGAUGAUUCUGGAGAAAGAUUACCUUCACUUUACUAUAAUAACUGUGUGUGUGUGUGUGUGUGUGUGUGUGUGUGUGUGUGCGCGCGUGCCCACGCAUGUGUGUGGGUGGGUGUGUAAUUUUUUUUUUCAAACAGGAAACUAUAUGUCAAAUGAGGAAAAGAAGUAUGGUGCAGAAUAUAUAGUCCAAAACUACGAGAUGUCACUGGAUAUCAAAAUGGCAGAGCUUAGGUGACAAGCGACAGACUGCUAGUUCAGAAAUCAAAAACCCUUUUCUAGCUUGCAAGGGAACUGCCUGAAUCCCUUCUGCUUGCCGCUGUGGCAAAGCACACCGCUUUAGUUUUUGAUGAGCAUUCUUAGAAGUUGGUUGGUAUUCCUUCAUCCACAGCCCCCAUUAUUGGAAUAACCAUUUUCAGUUGUGAUGCCUUAACUAGGAAGCCAAUUGUUAGCCUGAAAUGCAAUCUCGGUAGCCGGUUUCACUGAGCAUCGAGAUUAGUCAGAGAAAGCUAGCUGUUGGUCUUUUGAAAGGGAUUUCGAAUCCUUUCGUUUCUACUUGGGAGCAUUUUGGAGCAGAUUAGUCUUUCAGUGUAAAACCAAGUGGCAACCUAAUAGAGACUUAUUUCUUGCCCUUAUAGGGAAACUGAGCACAAGCUGAAUGCUAUUGUCUGCUGCAAAAAAAAAAAAAAAAAAGGGGGGGGGGGGAAAAAAAAACAACCAAACUGAAAA